AUGGUCGGGGCAGUAAACCCAUUGGUCAACCUGCCGGAUGCUUUUGUGCCGUCGUCGAUUAAUCAAACGGCCACGUCAACAAAGUUCUGUCAAGAUAUUUAG